AUGGCGAGGCCGUCCCUCUCCCUCCACCUCUGCCUGGCCGUCCUGGCCCUGGCCGCCGCCGCGUCCGAGGCCGGGUUCUACGACCAGUUCGACGUGGUCGGCUCCGGCAGCAACGUGCGCGUGAACGACGACGGCCUGGCCCAGCAGGUGGCGCUCACGCUCGACCAGGGCAACGGCGGCUCCGGCUUCAGCUCCAAGGACAAGUACCUCUACGGCGAGUUCAGCGUCCAGAUGAAGCUCAUCGGCGGCAACUCCGCCGGCACCGUCACCUCCUUCUACCUGACGUCCGGGGAGGGCGACGGGCACGACGAGAUCGACAUCGAGUUCAUGGGCAACCUCAGCGGCGACCCCUACGUGAUGAACACCAACGUGUGGGCCAGCGGCGACGGCAAGAAGGAGCACCAGUUCUACCUCUGGUUCGACCCCACCGCCGACUUCCACACCUACAAGAUCGUCUGGAACCCCAAGAACAUCAUAUUCCAGGUGGACGACGUGCCGGUGAGGACGUUCAAGAAGUACGACGACCUGCCGUACCCGAGCAGCCAGCCGAUGACGGUGCACGCCACGCUCUGGGACGGCAGCUACUGGGCCACCCGCCACGGCGACGUCAAGAUCGACUGGACCCAGGCGCCCUUCGUCGUCAACUACCGCGGCUACUCCUCCAACGGCUGCGUCAGCAACGGCGGCUCCUCGGCCUGCCCCGCCGGCAGCGACGCGUGGAUGAACACGGAGCUCGACGGCAAGGCCCUCGGCACCGUCGCCUGGGCCGAGAGCAAGUACAUGUCCUACGACUACUGCACCGACGGCUGGCGCUUCCCCAACGGCUUCCCCGCCGAGUGCAACCGCAACUGA